AUGCUUCUCCAAAGCCUUCUUCUCCUUGCCGGAGCCCAAUCCGCCCUUGCCAAAUGCAAAUGCGCAAAUGACUGCUGGCCAUCGAGGUCACAAUGGAACUCUCUCAACUCCACAGUGCAAGGAAGACUGAUUCAGAACCAACCGAUCGCCAAACCAUGUUACUCCGGCCCUGGAUACAGCGCUCAUGAAUGCCAGCGCAUUGCGUCCAACUGGACAAAUGAAUUCUGGAUCCCAGAGUCUGCGAUCGGGUAUAGCUAUCCGCUAGUUGAUACAUGCCCCCCGAUCAAUGCCUCGGUCGCCGCGUAUCCAUCGUGCGAGCUGGGAAAUUCUCCCGCGUACAGCAUUAAGGCUACCAAUGCGGAAGACGUCGCUGCUGGGAUCAGAUUUGCGAAGAAGAACAAUGUUCGGCUCGUCGUUAAGAAUACUGGACAUGAUAUAUCGCAGCGCUCGCAAGGAUACGGCAGUCUAUCGAUCUGGAUAAAGCACAUUAAAGACGGGCUUCAUUUUCAUGAGACGUUUCAUCCUUCCGAAGGAUCCUGCUCGUCGGAUUGGACUGGAAGUGCGAUCACUAUCGGCGGUGGAUACGUAUGGAAGGAUGUCUACGAUUUCGCCACGAAGCACGGCCACGUCGUUGUCGGAGGAGGCGACCCUACCGUCGGAUGCAUUGGCGGUUUUCUCCAGGGCGCCGGGCACGGCUCACUCAGCCACGAAUUCGGCCUAGCAACAGACCAAGUCCUCGAGUACAAAGUCGUCCUCGCAUCAGGGGAGACCGUAACGGCAAACGCAUGCCAAAACACAGACCUCUUCACUGCCCUUAGAGGCGGAGGAGGCGGCACAUACGGCGUUGUCCUAUCCGCCACCGUCAAGACGUACCCGACUCGUCCAACGCUUUACCACGAGCUAACUGUCACGGAUUUAACCCACAAUGGCUCUUCGGUCUUAGAUGCCACCACUCGCAUGGCCUCAAAAUACCCCGCAAUUGUCGACGAAGGGUUCGCCGGUACCGCUUCUCUUACGAAGAAAUACGGACCGUGGGUGUACAGCUCUCCCUUCAUCAAGUUUCUCGCGAACGAUUCCAUCGAAGCGAUCAACCACGCCAAGGAAGUCAUGAAUAGAGAGAUAGUCAAUGAUUUGCUCGCCGGAAACGGAACAAGAUACCUGGUCUCAUCUGAAUGGUCUACUCAUCCUUCGUGGGCCGCGUGGUAUGCGUCGACGCACCAUACCUCCGCGGGUAAUCGCCACCCACUCAUGGCGUCGAGAUUCUUCCACAAAGAGGCUUUGUCCAGCAAGGAGGAUGAGCUAUUUAAUUUACUUGAAACUCUGACCACUGAGCUCGGAGAAGACGUCCACACCGCAAGCAGCACCGUGCUCUUCAAUCUCGUCGCCGGCGGAAAAGUGUUCAACAACGUGCCACAUACGUCUGUGAAUCCGGCCUGGAGAGAGGCCUAUCUCCUGCUACAGAGCAUUCGCAAGAUCAAGCAAGAAUUCACUAUAAAGAAGCUAGGCGCUAUGAAGGAUCUGGCGCCGGGAACGGGAACGUAUGUGAAUGAGGCGGACCCGUAUGAUCCGAACUGGAAGCAGGACUGGUUCGGCGAUCGCUAUGAUCAGCUUCUGUCGAUCAAGAAGAAAUAUGAUCCGGAAGAUGUGUUCUGGUGCUGGCGGUGCGUGGGCAAUGAGGGCUGGGAAGAGGUCACAGGGGGGACGUUGUUUGGGCCUUUGUGCCAGGUGAACUGA